AACAAAAUAAAAGGGGUUUAUACAGAAACGUGUAUUUUUGGCAUAAAUGUGAGCAGCAUUUGAAGCAUGAAAGGCGUUCUGAAACCAGAGCGAGGACAGACGGCAGAGAACGUGAUACAACGUCGGUGAGUGAGGAGGGAAAAUAUCUAUUCUGGGACUGGCGUAAGGGUGAAGAGCGGCAGCCGUCGCUCUUCACCCUGGAGGGAAAGGCCCCAGCCCAGCUCAGCAGAGGCGAUGGAGGAGGCUCCGAGGCCCGACCCCUCAGCCCGGCCUCUCUGACCCAGACGGAGAGCUCGGGACCCUGGCAGAGCGAGAGCCUGCUGGCGGAGUCCUGGUCCACGAUGGGCGACGUAGACCCCGAGGACGCCAAGAGCCUCGACAGCAGUGAUGGGGCGGCACUGACCGGGGAGGAGAACCACUCCUCCAAUUCCGACAUGGUCCAUCUGGAGCGGGACGAGGUGGAGAUGCUGGAAGAGGGCGAGAGAAGAAAAGAAGAAGAGGAGGAGGAAGACGACGAGGAGCUGCAGGCGAGCGUUCUGAGCGUGGAGUCGGAGCUCCAGGCUCCAGAGACUGUGGAGCUGUUGGUGUCGGUGGAGGAGCCUCGAACGGGUCGGGAGUUCCGGCACGUGGUCCCGCCGAUGGCCCUCCCUCCUCUACCCAUCGUCAGGCUGGAUCCUCCCUCCGCCACCUCCACCCCGGUCCCCUCGACCACCGCCUCCGAAGCUGAGGAGCCGUAUUCCAUCCAAGGUCUCCACCCUCCUUCCAUUCUGGCGCCCGUCCUUCCAGAACCUUCAGAAACCAAACCGGGAGAACCAGCGUUUUCACAGAUCCCCCUCACGGAUGUGGAAGAACAUUUAAAGAAAGAGCCGACGGCUCCUAAGACUAAAGCUCUGAGCUCCGUCGAGCUGCUGUUUGGAGGCGCCGCUCUGGUGGCGGCAGUGGGCGUGCUGGCGUACGGCGCUCUAGCUUACUGCAAGAAGUAGAAAGAUCUCAAACAAUCAAGUCAUUUGUCCAGUCAAACAUCUGGAUUCUGUUUUAAUUUGAUUGUUCUACCUCAGAUCGAAGCAGAACUGACGGCCUUUUCCUUAUCGGAUCUUCAAGUAACGUAGCCAGUAAACUGUAAAACCCAUUAUGCUAAAAAAAUGUAAUUACAGUUAAAAAAUCUGCUUUGUAAUUUUUGUAAAUGUGUCAACAAUAAAAGUUUUAUUCUGAAAUCCA